AUGAAGACGCCACAAUAUGCGUUGGUUGUACUGUCCGUCAUAUAUCGCAGUGGCAACGUUCUUUGUCAGGAGACAUCGGUCGCCAAUCAAUUCUUGCCCGAGAACGGAAGAUUGAAUUUCAUCCAACUCGCCGCUAAAUACGGCUAUCCCGCCGAAGAGUACAACAUUACAACCGAAGAUGGCUACAUCCUGCCUAUAUUUCGCAUACCGGGGAAAAGAGAAGGGCGGCCGCUGCUCUUCAUGCACGGAAUUUUUGAUUCUUCUGAUGCCUGGAUUGAAAGAGGCAAUUCCUCGUCUGCCGUGACCUUCGCCGCGUUGGGCUACGAUUUAUGGUUCCCUAACGUUAGGGGGAAUCGCUACUCGCGGCAGCACGUCCGUCUCAAUCCCGACCUGGACCCAGAGUUUUGGAACUACUCCAUCCACGAGCACGGAUACUACGAUCUUGCUGCAGCUGUCGAUUUGGUCCUCAACAAGACUGGAACGGGAAACUUGUCAGCCGUCGCCUACUCGCAGGGGACCACGAUAUUCUACAUACUAUUGUCAACCAGGCCGGAGUACAAUUCAAAGAUCCAAUUAAUGAUCGCACUUGCGCCCGUGUGCUUUUUGCAGAACACUCGUCCGCCACUAUCGACUUUGAUAACUCUGUCACCGUUCAUUUAUCGAACGUCUGUAGCUCUGGGAAUUAACGAGAUUUUCGGCGAUAAGUCAACGGCGAUCACAAUUUCGAAGUUGUUUUGCCCCUUGCCGAUAAUUGGCUACUUUGUCUGUGUGCAGGGCCUACUUUUUCCGUUAACGGGCAGCGAUAUGGAGGAGUUGGAAGCUUCGUUCAUACGAACUGCCAUUGGUCAUUUCCCAACGGGGACGUCCGCGAAGAAUCUGUAUCACUACGGUCAGAUUGGAAUGCGAAAGAAAUUUGCACAGUUCGACUACGGUCUCCGCAAAAACCUUUUGUUGUAUAAAUCUGCGGCACGCGCCGCAUUACGAUCUGAAGAAUGUGAAUAUCAAAGUGGCCUUGUUCGUUGCGAAAAACGAUGCGGUCUCAACGAUCCAAGACGUCGCCAUUUUGAAGGACCGACUACCGAACGUUGUGCAAUACUUCAUCAA